UAUAUAUAUAGAUAUCUUUGGCCAAUUUUUCAUUAUAUGCCUUUAUCAGAACAUCAAGAUAAAGUUUUAGAAAAUAUGGCAUGGAAAGCUUACGAAGAAGUGAAUUUAUUAUUCGCUCAGAAAAUUGUAGAAGUUUAUAAACCAGGAGAUUUGAUAUGGAUCCAAGAUUAUCAUUUGUUGUUGGUACCUAGAAUGUUGAGGAAAAUGUUACCUAAAUCAUAUAUUGGACUUUUUUUACAUUCUCCUUUUCCUUCUAGUGAAUUUUUUAGAUGUUUACCAAGAAGAGAAGAAAUCUUAGAUGGAAUGUUAGGUGCAGAUUUGUUAUGUUUUCAAACUUAUUCUUAUGGUCGUCAUUUCGUUUCAGCGUGUAUACGAGUGAUGGGAUACGAAUCAGUAGGAGGAGGAAUCGAAGCAAAUGGAAGAUUAACUUCAAUUACACAUUGUCCAAUUGGAAUUGAUGCAGAUCGAAUCGAAUCUGAUCGUAGGAGAAUGCCAGGGGUUAAACCGAAAAUGGAAGCAUUGAAGAAAUUGUAUGAGGGUAAGAAAAUCAUUGUUGGCAGAGAUAAACUAGAUCCAACCAAAGGAGUCUUACCAAAAUUAAGAGCUUUUGAAGAACUUUUAAAACGAUUUCCUCAAUGGAGAAAUCAAGUUGCAUUGAUUCAAGUCACUUCACCUUCACCAACUGAUUCACCUUCACUUGCUACCAAGAUUUCUGAACUAGUAGAUCAUAUUAAUGCUACUUAUGGUACACUUCAUUUUCAACCUGUUCAUCAUUAUCAUCAAACUAUUGAACGUGAUGAAUAUUUUGCACUUUUAUCGGUGGCUGAUUUGGCUGUCAUUACUUCUGUACGAGAUGGCAUGAAUACUACUUCAAUGGAAUAUACAAUUUGUCAAAAAGAAUUUAAAAACCCUUUGAUCCUUUCGGAGUUUACUGGAGUGACUGGGUCGAUGAAAGCGGCUAUUAAAGUUAAUCCUUGGGACUUAGGGGGGGUUGCGAAAGCUAUUGAUCAGUGUUUGAAUAUGUCAGAGGCGGAAAAGAAACAAAGACAUGCACAAUUGUAUAGUCGAGUCAUAUCACAUUCUUCAGCAGUGUGGGCUAGUACUUUACUUUUACAACUUUUAGAUUGUUUAAGAAGUGAUCAAGCUAUGCAAUAUGUGAAAUUAUUAGACGAAGUUCAUUUAAUGAAAAAAUAUAAUGAAGCAGAGAAACGAUUAUUAUUAUUUGAUUAUGAUGGUACUUUAACACCCAUAGUAAAGAAUCCAAAAGAUGCUAUCCCACCACCAGGUUUGAUUGAAGCAUUAAACAAAUUAUGUUCAGAUUCAAAAAAUAUUGUUUAUAUUAUAUCAGGUAGAGAUGGAGCUUUCUUACAAGAACAUUUAGGUGAGAUCAAAGGUUUAGGUAUGUCAGCUGAACAUGGAUGUUAUUUAAGAGAACCUGGAAGUGAGGAAUGGAUCGAUUUAACUGUUGAUUUCGAGAUGGGUUGGAUGAAUGAUGUGGAAGAAAUUUUUAAGUAUUACGAAGCAAGGACUUUGGGAGCGUUUGUUGAAACGAAAACUUCAAGUGUUACUUGGCAUUAUAGGAAUGCAGAUCCAGAGUUUGGAUUAUUUCAAGCCAAAGAAUGUCAAGCGUUAUUAGAAAGUUUACAAGAAAGAAUGCCGAUUGAUAUUUUAAAAGGAAAAAAGAAUAUCGAAUGUAGACCAGCACAUACGAAUAAAGGAGAAAUUGUGAAACGAUUACUUUAUAGUACACCUGAGAUUGGAUUUGCAUUAUGUGCAGGAGAUGAUAAGACAGAUGAAGAUAUGUUUAGAGCCUUAAAACAG